CGCGCGCGCGGGAGAGAAAGCCAGUGUGCGCGGGCGCCCGGGCGCCCGCGAUCACGGGAGGAGGCUCCGAGCGUGUGGGUCCUGGCGGCGCAGCCCGCUCCUCCGCGCCCUAUGUGAGGGAAUCAGGGAGGCCAGCGGCGCGCAGGGAAGGGCGAUGCAUGUGCUCGGGCCGGGGGUUGCUGCAGCCGCCCGAGGAAGAGGAGGACGGCGGCGGCGGCGAGGAGGAGAGCGCGGGGCUCGCGGCGGCGAGCCCGGGCCGAGGGGAUACAGCGGACUGUGUGUGUCUGGCUGUAGCGGACGCGAGGCGGCGAGGAGGCGCGGGAGACCCGCGAAAGGGACGACGAGGCGGCGGCGGCGGAGACUGCAGCCCUGAAAUGCAUUUUCUCCUCCAGCGGCCAUGUUAACCAGGAAACCUUCGGCCGCCGCUCCCGCCGCCUACCCGACGGGCCAAGGAGGGGACAGCGCCAUUCAUCAGCUUCAGUCUUCCCCCGGGGCUCGGCGCGGGGCCCCUCGGACCGGAGUGGGGACCGGCCCGCCCUCCCCCAUCGCCCUGCCGCCUCUCCGGGCCAGCAACGCUGCCGCCGCAGCCCACACGGAGCACGCUAGAUGCGGAGAGUUACAUAUGGCCGGCUGUUUGCUGACACUCUCGCUCUCCUUCUCCCAGCUUAGAGCCGCCGAGGAAGUGCCUGUCAGGCAGUGGCUCCGUGUCCAAACUCCUCGUCUCUCUAGGAGCAGCCUUGUGACUGUUUCUCCUCGGUGGAAUGAUUGAAGUCACUUCUUACCAAAGCUCUUAAGAAGCAGAUGUGCUCACUCUACAUCUCUUUUCCCUUCUGUGGGCAAGGUCCUAAAAGAUGUUCAUUUUUUUUUGGAUGUCAGACUUUAAAAAUUGCAGGGGUCUGAAUCACUGAAUCACUUCAUGAAGGAAUAUAUGAUGGCAAGAAAAUGUGCACUGGACUGUCAUAUGAGCAAGAAAUAAAAAUUAUUGGGUUAAGCCACUGAAAUUUUAGAAUUUUUUUGUUAAUCUAGUCAUUCAAAUUAAUUACCUAAUUAAUAUUUUGUUUUCAUAGAUAUGUUGCUUGAAUUUAAUUAAUCCUUUGUUAUACCUGUGUUUCCCAAAUUAUGCUAAUUAAUCCAAUAUUUAGUCUUUUCUAUUUUGCCCCAAUUACCUUAAUUAAUUCAAAUAUUUUAAAGUUUACUUUCUAAUUAAUACAAUUUUUGUUUUUAUAGCUAUAAAAAAAUUAAUAAAAUUUUGCAUUUGUAUCUUUUUAAAGAAAGUAUAUCUGAAAUAUAUAAUGUCAGUAUUGACCUAUGAAUUAUUUUUUUCACAGAGGAGUAGGUUUUGAAAUUUUCCAUGUUGAUAACAGGUAUGAUAUAUAUAUAUAUAUAUAUGUAUAAAAAUAUGUAUAAAGAUAAAUAUAUACAUAUGUAUAUAUGUAUAAAAUAAAGGUCACUUAUAAAAUGUAUAAAAAUAGAUUAUUUCUCUUAACUUAUAUAGAAUUCUAUUUUAUGAAUAUUAGUCAUGGUAUUUAUUCAUUUCUAAUGAAUAUUUAGGUGGCUUUCUUUUUCCUUUGUGUUAUGCUGUCAUAAAUUCUAUUAUGCUUUCCAAUACACAUGAAUAGCUUUCUACAGUUUCCUUGAGCAUAAAUGCAAGAACCAUUCCAGGAUAUAUGCCUAUAUUUAGAAUUCCAUUUUAAUGUUUUAUUGCCAUAUUGCAAUAUCCAAAAUGCUUGUUCCAGUUUAUUUCUCCAGCAAUGUAUAGUGUUCCCAUUUCCCUGCAUCCUUGCUAACAUCACCAUUCUUGAUAAUUUCAUGGUGAUUCUUGUUCGAAUUUUCAUUUUUCAAAUAGCUGAGUAUUUUGUUAGUCUAUUUGGUUUUCCUCUUACGAUUAUUAUCUGUUCAUAUUCUUUGUCCAUUUUCUGUGGGCUUAUUCUUCAUUUUCUAGUAGAUUUUUGAAGGUUUCAAAAAUAUUCUGUGUAUGAAUUUGGUUACCUCUGUCUUUUGUGUCUCUUACUUCAAUGUUGAUUAUGUGUUUUUAUUGACUAUACACUUUUAAUUUUGAUGUAAAAUUUAUCAAAUGUGUUUUUAUCAUUUUUCUUUUUGAUUUUUAUAAAAGAAAAUCUUCCUUACCACCAGUAUUAUGAAUUUAUUUCUAUAUUUUCUUCUAAUGUGUAAAAUUCUAUAUUUUACAUAUAUAUCUUAAUCUAGCUGGGCCUUGUUAAGGUAGAGAUCUAUAUUUUUUCCAUGUAGAACACCAACAAUUGAAUAAGUCUUCAUUUUGUCUCUGAUUUGUAAUGCUGUCCCCACCACUGUCUAGCUGUGUGACUUGGUCAAGUUAAUGUGUCUGUAAAAUGGUAAUAAUAAUACUUUCCUCAUAGGGUUAUUGUGAGUUAUAAAUUAUGUGUGUAUUUAUGUGUGCAUAUGGUUACUACUAUGUAUAAGUCAUUAUUGCAUUAUGUCAUAUUGAUGAUCCUAUUCUUUGGAAGUAAGCAUUUACUUAAAAGUAAGCAUUUACUUAAAAAUCAUUAGAUGAAGAGCAUAUAAUUUUAGGGGCAGUGUAUAUUUUCAUGAUCUAUCAGCCCAAGAGUUCGUCCCUUCAAGAGCCAGCACUUUAAUCUUGCCCUGCUCAUUUGACAUAAAGGAAGCACAGUUUGACAGAGAAAAUAUAUAUAAACUACAUAAAAAUCUGUUGUGUACAGAAACACUGUAAGCAUGAUAAUUUCUUUAAAGAAAUAUUUUUCUUUAGCAUAAAUGAAAAUAGCAGUUGACACAAUGUCAAAAUGCCCAGCCCUUCAAUUUCAGAAGCACUAAGAGAAGCCAGCAAUUAAUUCUGAAUUUGACCCAGUGGUGGAAAUUACAGAUGGAGAAGACACCAUUCAGAAAAAUUGGGCUCAUUUGACUCUUCCUUUUUUAAGAAUAAAGAUGUGAACCUAGGUCUAUCUGCCUUCAAAAAUGAGCUCUAACUAUACACUUGUAUAGGAAGAAAGGAAGAUCCCCACUUGUGUAUAGAAUGUGAAAAUUACACGAGAUGAUGCAUCAGAAGGAUUUAGGUUUGAGUCCUGCCUGUGUGGCUAACAGACCUGUGACCUUGCCUACUUUGCUUCUCACUAAAUUGGGAACAACAACAAUGACCUUCUAAGGUUGUUGGGAAAAUUAAGAUAAUAGUUGUGAUGCUCUUGACAUGUCCAGUGCCUAUCAAUGUUAGUUUUUAUCUUCUUUCCUGAGAAAUCAUGUAGCCUGUAUGAUUAGCAAUUAGAUUAAACUAUCUCCAGCUUC